AUGAGUGUCUCGGGUCCACUGUAUCGUCGUAUCCCACGACUUUUUAGCCGUAAUAAACCAGGGGAAUGGAGUUUAGUCUAUUGUACGUUAUCAUUAGAAAAAGGUGAGCUUCUAGUAGCUCUUGAUUCGGAUGGACGUAGUCGUAUUACGAUUAUUCCCGUAAAAGACUCGGAACUAGCUCAUGUCCGAAGUGACGGUCGUGAUUGUAUUGAAUUAACAAUCAAUCGAGGCAAGAAAGAAACGUUUUCAUCGCAUGAAUCGAGUCAUGAUGUGGAUUGGUGGAUGACAACAUUAAUUACUGUAAAAAAGGACUUGGAGAGAGGAGUGAAGCCACAGAUAUCAUUGUUAACACUGCCAGUAUCCCAGCCAACGACAAGAGUUAAACACAUGCGACGUCCAUCGUCGCAAUUGAGUCUGAAUCUGAAUCUAGCUGCGAAUGGAAAUACAUUGAGUGGGACUGGACGACCGACACUAAGACGACGGAAACCGGCAUUAGCAACGUGCGAGACACUGUUUGAACGCUUUACAAUCUAUGAAACACCGUCCACAUUCUAUAUUGUGUGCUCGGAUCGUCACUACUCACGUUUUCGAAUGAUUGAAUUGGACCGAAUGGUCGAACGACCAAAGACACUGGAUAAAGUGUUGAAGGAGGAUAAACGGAUCUAUGACUGGGAGCAGAUGGAAGCGCGAUUGCAAGCACUAUCAGAGCUUGCACGCGUUCGAGGCACGGGCAAUUUAAACAGGACGUUUACGGCUGUAGCGAUUGUUGGAUGCAUCCGCUUUUUGCGCGGCUUUUACUUUAUUUUCGUCACGCAGCGACGGAAGAUUGGGAACAUUGGAGGCAAUUCAAUUUACGGUAUUUCGGCCACACAGCAAUUAAAUGUGAGUCAUCAGGUAGAAGAUCAGACUGCAUGGACUCGACUCAAUCGAUGGUUCAAUCCCAGUUCUGAAGAGGAAGCCGAGGCUCGAUACCUUGGUUUGUUUCACUUUUUGGAUCUCACAAAGGAUUUCUACUUCAGUUACUCGUACGAUAUCACGCAUACAUUGCAGCACAAUAUGACCACGGAACACUCCGAGCCGGCGGAAAUGUUUACGUGGAAUUACUAUUUGACCCGAGAAUUGAGCACUUGUUUAAGUGGCAGGACUGCAGCUGAUCUGAUUGUACCGCUUGUUCUUGGCUGCUAUGAGCAGCGCAAAUGUUCAGUAUUUGGCCGCCUUGUGAGCAUUGUACUACUUGCUCGCCGGUCCCGUCACUUUGCAGGCACGCGCUACUUAAAACGUGGUGUGGCUGAUACCGGCAAGGCUGCGAAUGAUGUAGAAACGGAGCAGAUUAUUGAGGAUGAGAGCAUGGGCCCUGGCAAGUUUAGCUCAUUUGUACAGCAUCGUGGGUCGAUUCCUGUGUUUUGGUCGCAAGAGACGUCUGCAACGCUGCCAAAGCCGCCCAUCGUACUAAACCGUGUUGAUCCAACAUACAAUUCGACGCAAAAGCAUUUUGCAGACCUUUUCUCACGUUAUGGCUCGCCCAUCGUAGCUCUGAACCUUGUCAAGCAGUCCGAGAAGAAGGAACGCGAAGUCAUUGUAGGCAACGAAUAUAUGAAUGCUGUGGAAUACCUUAACAGCUUCAUGCCACCAAAGCAUCGCGUGCGGUAUGUGGCGUUAGAUUAUUCUCGCCUAUCUGGGCCCAAGCAGAAAGGUCUUAACGUACUGCAUUCGUUGGAUAAGGUAGCCGUGUGGGCCCUCACACAGACUGGGUUCUUCUGUAGUGCACCAAAGCGACAGAUAAACCAGAAUGGUAAUAUGCGUACGGCCCAAGCAUUUUUUCCAAGCCAGUCUUCCGAGGCAUGGGAUUCACUCACAACAUCCAGUGACCUUCAAUGGAAAGGAGAAGAGAGCGAGGAAUUGGCUUCAGUCGAUCCACCGCCAUCUCCUACCAUUACAAAAAACUCAGGAGAAUGGCUAGAGCAGCGAGGUAUUCUCCGAACAAACUGUAUAGAUUGUUUGGAUCGCACCAACGUGAGUCAAUUCAGUGUUGGAAUGCGCGCACUGGGUCAGCAGCUUUAUGUGAUGGGGAUUAAAAAUGCACCACUGUUGGAAAGUCGCUCGCAGUUGGUUCUUGUUCUGAUGAAGCUGUAUUCUCUCAUGGGGGACGCGAUCUCAAUGCAAUACGGUGGGUCGGAAGCGCACAAAAAUGUGAAAAAUAGCGCGGCCCGGGAAAAUGUAAAGCAUCGUGAACUCCUGACAUCCAUUCGACGCUACUACAGUAAUUCUUUUACCGAUACUGCAAAGCAGGAUGCAAUCAACAUCUUUCUCGGACACUUUGUGCCUACGGAAGACUCGCCUCCACUAUGGGAGCUUGAUUCAGACUACUAUCUGCACAAUUUUGAAGUACGAAAUGGUAUGGCUGCAUGCGAGAACGUUCGCCGCGACCUCUCUUUUCAUGCUGAAAAUAGAAGACAAGCGUUUGGUGAGUUGUAUGGGCUGCCGCCAACGCAAGCGUCUUGCUGCUCGUCAUCGAACGUCUUGGAAGAUGGGAACGACGAUAGCACCGAUGACGAAUCCGCGCAGGAACGUGCAAUAGUUUUGGCGAGUCGGAACAAGGCCAAGCGUGAAGCGUAUGUUCGAGAAUGUAGGCGAGUACUCGAUGACUGGUGGAAAGCGCCGCUGGAAGCAUUUGAACAACAAAAGUAUUGCCUGCCACCAGUAGAGGAGAAGGUGCCUUGCGCGUGUGACCAGAUUGUGCGAAAAGAGAGUAAACGAGAGCUUGUAAGAGAUAUCGACAAUUCAACGCAAUCUGACGCAAAGAACAAGAAAGCGUCACCUCGGUCUCCGUGUUCUGAUGAUUUUCUACACAUGUAUCAUCCUGAAGAAAUGACAACGUUUGACAAAGUCUUGGGGUACAAAUUCAUGCUUCCGAUGGAGAUUUCAGACGAGGUGAACGAAAAAGAUAAGCGACGCUCCGAAAGUGCUGUUGUAGCACAUCUAACAUCUGCUCCGUCAUCAUCAUCUGUAUCCGGAGCUGGACGCGUUGACGAGGACAAUUACUCCGACUUUGAGCAGUCUAAUCGGCGAGGGCAAACAAAGGAAGGCACUAGAUCUUAUCGAAGCAUGAGUGCUCCAGACGUUGAGGAAGAUGUUGGCUCUCAACUCCAUUCCAGUCGUAGGUCGCGCGACAGUGGACGUGAGCGCAAGCACGACCAUCAGGACGAUCACACGAGCAUUAGUGGCUCUGGAUCUCGUCGAGCUUCCCGGUCUGCUUUGGCGGAUGCCACUAACAAGUACGGAGGUCAUGGAUCUGCAGCACUCAAGAAUAUUGUAAAACAGAAAGAGGACCAAAUCAGCAUUGAAGAGUACGUCAUUAGCAAGGGGCGUCGCAAGUUUGUUGGCAGUUGCUCCACAUCUGCACCAGACCCACUUUACCAGCAGUACGUGCUUGGAAAGGAAUCACCGCAGAUAUGGGAAAAUGACAAUGAAGGUGUCAAGAUGUACUUUGAGGCGUAUAUGCGGAACAAUUGCAUUAGUCCUGAUGACGCCCGAAGCCUUCGUGAAGCUCAAACUCGAGCUGGUGCAACGUUCAAGCUUCAAGCUGGUCCAUAUUCAGGGCUGGAACAGACUGUAAAGGCUCGAGUUCUGGUUGCGAAAAAGCUGAAAACUGAUCCUGAAGAUCGAAAGAAAUUUGAGGAUUCGAUGGACCUUAAGAAGCUUGUAAAAACUGGAAAAGCAUCGGUUCCUGCGGAGAGUUUAGAGUUGUACAAGACCUUUUUUGAUGAGGAGUUACCUGCUGUGGAAAUCUACCGUCCAACAAAAGAGGUUACACCAUCAAUACCAUCAUCACGGUCUGUGGAUUUAACACCACUCGUGACGAAACGGAGUAAAUCGGCAACUGCUAUCUCAUCUAAACUUGCUCAGAGUAUGCGGCGGCUAUCGUUAGACAAGCGUAACCGUACUCGGUUCAGUGGCGGAGAUUUAAUAUCGGUGGGCCCAUUGUUCAAGAUGGACGGUGGCAAAGACCGUGAUUUUAUCCUUUUCAACGAAGCUGCAGCGGAGAAUUCGUUUGGUGAAGUGACGCAAAACGAAACAGAGUUGUCAUUUUACUCGAAAUAG